AUGGCUUUCAUGGCCGCCUCCCCGGCGACUCAAGAUGCGCUUGCGGGCUCAACAGCACCCCGCCCCUCCAACUUCAUGGACUUGCCACACGAAGUUCAGAGGGAGAUCAUCAGCCAUUGCCCAAGGCGCGUUCUAAUCUGCGUGGCCUUGGUAUCAAGGCACUUCCGCGACCUUGCUGCCGCCCAGCUGUACCGAGACUUCGAAAUCGUCUUCCCGGAUGAGGAGGAUCCCCAGUUCGACACUCCGGUCGAUCCUCUUGCCGGCGGAUUUGACACCUUUGUCACGAGUGACUACAACUAUGCGCAGUGUCUCAGGAGUCUGACUUUCGACACACUCUAUAUGGGCGACAAGGCCGAAGGCGCCUAUCGCCCAUAUUCGGCUAACUUGAGCUGCGGGAAGUUUAUGAACACGCUUCUUCUUCUGACAUUGCGCAAGGCUCGGGCGCUUGAGUCUUUUACGUGGAACAUCCGAGUCGAGCUCAGCCGUCCAGUCUAUAAAGAGCUGCACCAGAUCGCGUCUUUGUCACACGUUCACGUAAGACUCCAAGCAGGACCUUCGCAAUACGAAACGCCCCCGCCCCUUCCGUACAACCCAUCCCAGUCGAGCUCCCCGCCGGGGCCGGCCCACGGCGCGCCCAUAGCUUCCCUCCCUCCCCCCGCGCCAGCAUUUGGGCUCAUCCCCCCACCCCCUCCCCAGGGUUUCUAUGUGCCCACCUCAAGCAUGCUUCCGCCCCCAUUGCCCAAGCCACCUCGCACUAGAACUGCGAAGAAGGUGGCGGUGGGCAAGGAACCUCCAACUCUGUCUGGCUUCAGGGACCUCAAGAGUCUUUCUGUUCUCGACAUCGACACCCUCGACAUUGUAUCGGAACUCCAAGCCUGUCUGCGCAAUUCCGCGGGGACCCUCACGAAACUCGAGCUAUCCUUCUCGGAGAAACUUGCCUCGUCGGCCCGGAAACCCACCGAACCCGAGCCCGAAGACUCGGAUCAAGAGGACGAACUAAUGCCGAUACCAACACAGCCGCACGGACAAAACGAUGAAAUGAGCGGACCAGCUAAGGCUUUCCGCGCGCAGGAGGAGAGAAAGACGCAAGAUUCCAUUCUCGGCAGGAUUUUCGACGUCGAGACCACACCAGCUGAAAAGCUUCAAGCGAUUGUUGUCGAUUCUGAUAAGAAGAAGAAGGGGAAAAUCAAGACGGAGCAGGAGGUGGUCGACUUUAUUAAAUCGGUCGCUCCAAAGGUCUUGGGAGAACUGAACGGCACGAGCGAUUUUGUGGCUUCGCCCGAAACUAUUGAUAUGUUUGGUGCCGCGGCUCGAAAAUACAUGGAUGAAGCCAAGUCGCGGAAAGAGAAGCAGGCCGAGAGUUCGGGCGGAACAGGCUCCUCUUCCUCUGGCACCGUUGAAACGUCCGAUACCAGCACUACAGAGACAUCUGCAGAGCAGGUAUCCGCAGAUGUGCGUGCGGAGGAAAACGCCCCGGAGGUGAGCCUUUUUGGCGAAGCGAAGGGAGAGAAAAAGGACGCAGACCCCGAUGAUAUCGACAUCGAAGCGCCCGAGGAACAGCUCACCAUCGACCCCGAAGAGCCAUCAGCAGUUGAUUUCCAGGCCGAGGAAGAAGAAACCACGCCAACCGAGGUUUCUCCAUCCACGGCGGCGGCCCUUGUCGACACCAAAGCGGAAGAAUAUGCGAAGGUGAUGGCUACGUUGGAAUCGCGAAAAGCCGACUUCAAGGCUUUGGCUGAAGAACUGGAACUUUUCGAAUCUCAAGCCAACACCCUGGGCAAGGAGAUUCGGCGAUGGCGCGCCAACAAAUCGUCCAACGACAUAAACCACCUUCGAGAGGCCGAGUCGCAACUACUAGGGCUCACACGAAGCGUGCGCGACAUGCAAAAGGAGAUCAGCGCGUGCCAGAUCGCGAUAGAGAGCGCCGAGCCGGGACCGCCGGGCGAGAAGGACUCGCGUACCGAGCAAGCUCGUCACAUACGCGACUACAUUCGGCAAACGCGGGGCGUCGCCCUCGAAUCUCUCAGCAUCUAUCUCAUCCCUGUCAGGGCGUCGGUCCUGUCCAAAGCGGUUGACCUGCGCGCCCUUCGGCACCUGACGCUGCUCAAUGUCGGGAUCCAAGCACCUAUCUGGGCCUUGUUGGAUAGGGAGAACAAGGAGGCGCCGCUGCUGUUGCGCAAGAUUUCCACCGACAACGUCUCGCACAUCUUUUUGAGCUUUGUAUCAACUCUCGAGGAGCUGCACGACCUCUUCUUGCUUGAGCGGGAGAUCAAGGCCAAACCAGAGAGCCUUGCGCCCAGGACUCAAGUGACCAUGGACCAGAUCCGGCGAUUGGUCCUCAAGAAGCACAUGCCCAAGCUGCGGCGCCUAAUGAUCAAGAACAUGGCCGACACGAGCUGGGAUGUCGACGAUAAGACCGUUUUGCUGUGUUGUAGGCAGGGCAAGAAGCUCGAGGAACUGGCUUGCAGCAUGAGCAUACGAGCCAUGCACUGCCUGAUGCAGCACUUGCCCGGCCUAACCACCCUCCGGGUUCUACAUGUCAUCCACCUACGUAACGACGACACGUGCAUGUGGGUGAUGCGCGAGACUAAGCGAUUUCUCAUCGACAUAGUCUCGCAUUACCCUGAUCUGAAACUUAAGUUGGUCUCGAUAGAUGAAGAUGACCGUGUCGAUAAGCUCGUGCGGUUUCCAGAGCCUAAGAAGACUGCCCUCGAGAAGGAGGUCGGAGGUGGGGACGGGACGACGGCGACCAAGGGGAAGCAGAAGGCUCUAACCUCGAUUCCGACCCUAAUAUCGACGCUCUCGGUUAACGCCCUGUUGGAUUCGACAUCGGGCGUGGAGCUGGAUGUCCCUGCGCUCAUUGCGUCGGAACUAGGGGGGAUGGAGGAAGAGUCCUCGGACGAGGAGGACGAUGAGUCUAGUGGACAGAAGAUCGCCGUCUUUGAGGGGAUUGCGUUCUGCGAGGUGGCGGACGAGGCGGUGAUCUUCAAGAAGGAGGUUGUUACUGGCCGCCUCUAA